GCACCAACCUGGGCUCACAUUCACUUCGGUCGCCAUUGUACACGGUUUUUGUUUUCCCAUUCCCGUUUGGGUCCGCAAAAACGCUGCCGAAAAGUGCUGAAACCAUGAAACAGAAGCAAUAGAAAAGUGAGUGAUGGUUGCGUGCAGUGUAGUUGCGAUAGAAUAAAGUGCGUUACGCGCACCGGCACAGUGCAGCGAGCGUGUGAUAAGCCGCAUCCGAACUGCCCCCGGAGAAAGGUGCGAGAGGGAGAAAGAGAGGUGUGUUUCGUGGGCGCUGUACGAGGAGCAGCAGCAGCAGCAGCAGCAGCAGCAGCAGCAGCAACCAGGCAAGAAAAAGUAGAAGCAACAGCGGAAAGCGUACCGGAGGCAGAACAAUCAACGAACAAACGGGCGAGAGAUAAAUCCGUGUGUGAGUGUGUGGUUGUGUGUUGUGUGUGUGUGUGUGCUGUCCGUCCGUCCCCGCCCGCGGAAGCUGGGCAGUUUUCGCGGCACAGUUGGGUGUUGGCAGACAGGCAGCAGCAGCAGCAGCAUCAGCAGAUAGCUUCAAAUCAUAAGAGGGGGCGGAUUAGCAGCAGCGCAGGCGAAGCCGAUCACAGUGCCAUCGAAGAGCUGUUUUCCACACGCUCUUACCCGAAGACGGCAAGCAAUGUGGAAAAAGCAAGCCCCCUUGUGCUGGCUCGUAAGUGUUUACGUCGUGUGUCAGCUGGUUGCAGCGAAGGAUAGUCAAGUGCGAGAGGAAUACUUCAUUGCCGGCAGUAACGGAACGCUGUCCUGUGCCACGUCCGAGAAUCAGAACAUAGUGUGGCAAAAGAAUGGCGCAAACAUUUCCAACUCACGUAUAUCGUUCCUUAUCGUGGACAGCAGUGAGGCGGUCCGGAAGCUGUCCUACCUCGAUCCGGCGGACGAGGCGGACGAAGCAAACGCUCCGAAGCUGUACUACACCCUGACCAUACACAAUUUUACCAAAUCCGACGAAGGUAACUACACCUGCUACAACCUGGAAAAUGGUCUCAACGUGUCGUACACCGUGCGCACCGUAAUUCUACCAAAGAUCACCCAAACUAGCAACGAAAAGAUUAGAACUAAGACGACCAGCACCCAGCAGCUGUACUGCGUGAUCGAGGCGUUUCCGCUGUCGCACACGAUCUACUGGGUGAAGGAGGAUGCAUCGGGCGAAAGCAGCCUGCGGGCGCUGGCCAACAACUCGGAACAGCGGGUGAUCGACGAGCGGCACGUGAACGCCACCCUGACCCUGCGCGAUCUCACCAAGGGCCACAACGGCACGUACUCGUGCGUGGUCCUGCCCUCGGCGCAGAUGCAGGCGGCCAACUACGAGGUGAAGAAAUCGAUGGCGCUGCUGAUACUGGACGUGCCGCAGGUAACGAUCGAUUACGCGAAAGCCGUCGGAGCGAACAAAAUCUAUCUCAACUGGACGGUCAACGAUGGCAACGAUCGGAUCAAGAACUACAUCGUGCGCUACCUGAAAACGGGCGACCAAACGUUCACGUACUAUCGCGAGAAGAUAGGAGGAAACAAUUCGUUCUACGUGCUGGACGGGUUCGAGCCCGGCACGGACUACAAGAUCAGCUUGGGCGCAUCGAACGGGCAGGGCGACAGCAAGCACCACGAGUACAGCGAAACGAUACGCACGCUCGACACGGACCCGAGCUUCACGCCGGAGGUCGAGGUGAAGGGCAGCUCGCACAGCACGAUCACGAUCGGCUGGGCACCGCCGCCGGCGAACCUCACCGACUACAUCCAGUACUACGAGCUGGUCGUAUCGCACGCCGGUGUGAACGACUCCGUCAUGAAGAAGGAAGCGUUCCAUCCGCAGAACAGCCGCAACCUGCCGUACAUGUUCGAUAACUUAGCGACCGCCACGACGUACAACUUUCGCGUGCGUGCCUGCAGCGAGCUGACGAAAAUCUGCGGCAACUGGUCGGACCCGGUGAACGGGACGACGAGCGAUGGGCAGGCGUCGGCGCCGCGCAGUCUGCAAAUUACCUGCUCGCACCACAACAUCUCGCGACGCAACUUUGUUCGCGUGCGCUGGGAGGUGCCCGAGUUUCCGAAUGGGAAAAUCAUGUCGUAUCAGGCCAUUUUGAGCGGCGUGGCCAACUAUCGGUCCGAGUUUGGCAUGAUGAAGAGCGACAUUUGGGGACCGAAGAUCAAAAACAUCAACCCGGACUCGUACUCCACCGCGUACGCGACCGAGUACGACAAUGUGCCGCCGAACACGAACUACACCGUGAACGUUACGGCGCACACGCGCACGAAGCGGCCCGGCGUGGUUGCGUCGGCCACCUGCACCAUGCCGGCCACCACGCCCGACAAUCUGGGCCGCAUUAGCUGGGGCAAGCUGCGGACGGAUCAGGACGACUGGAUCUUUAAACUGUUUCUGCCCCGGCUGUCCGAGCGGAAUGGACCGAUCUGCUGCUACAAGGUGUACCUGACGCGCAUCCACAUACACCAUAAUGGGUCGCUGCCGGCGCCCGAGAACGCGCUCAUCACGAGCUACGCGGACGUGCAUUCGAUGAAUAACACGCACGGUGGAACCUAUCUGGCCGAGGUGUUCGCCGGUAUGAGCAGCCAGACGGAGGUGUUUCUGGGCGAUGGUAAAAACAGUCCGGCAGUGGGCCUGUGUCCACAGUGCCUGCAAAUGCGGCACCGUGUGCAGGUCGAGGCGGAACGUGCACCAGCAACGACAGAAUUGCCUGCGGCACGCGAUGAUCUACCGGCAGCAGAUGAUGUGACGGCAGCACCGGGAGCCCGGACGGGCAAUGAAGCGGUUGCUCUAGAAGAUGAGCGUAAAGCGUCCUCCAAUCACGAGAAACGAGAUACGGGCAAAUAUUAUGAAUCGCUGACACGGCUGGAAACGGUUUUUGACGGUGCUCUGGAUCCAACGAGUAAUUACACCGGAUUCCUGGAGGUUGUCGUAAAAACCGACAGCGGCAAUGAUGGACGCGACUACCUGUCGACUUUUAGCGAGUACUUCCAGGAAAUGAAUGCCGGAGCACCGAUGGAGGGAGACGUGGACGGAAACGAUUUGUCCUACAUACUGAACAUUGUGAUUCAAGUCCUGCUGGCACUGAUUGCCGUGGUGGUGAUUGUGCUAAUGGUGCUGUGCUUCCUGCACAAGCACGUCAGCAACAACAUCGCACAGGAGGGAGAGGCGAUCAGUUUGGGCGACUCGUUGAGACGAGCCCUCUGCAAUGGUGGCCGUGGUGUUAAUGUUCAUCAUCGUCAUUUGCUCGGUUCCAGCAGUGCCAAGCCGCCAGUGCUGCCGCCGAUCUCGAAAGACGACCUGCCGAAGGCGUACAACGACAAGCACAAGGACUCGGACUACGGGUUCCAGCACGAGUUCGAGCUGCUGCCGGACAAGUUUGCCGACCGGACGACGAAGAACUCCGACAUGAAGGAAAACAUGCCCAAGAACCGGUACCCCGACAUUAAGGCGUACGAUCAGACGCGCGUAAAGCUCACGCCACUGAACGGAUUGGCCGGCUCGGACUACAUCAAUGCGAACUUUGUCAUCGGGUACAAGGAGCGCAAGAAGUUCAUCUGCGCCCAGGGUCCGAUGGAUGCCACCAUCAACGACUUUUGGCGCAUGAUCUGGGAGCAGCAUCUGGAGAUUAUCGUAAUGCUGACGAAUCUGGAGGAGUACAACAAGACCAAGUGUGCCAAGUAUUGGCCGGAAAGCACGAACGAUUCCAUCCAGUACGGCGAGCUGCUGAUCACGUUCCAGUCGCUUACAUACUACGCCGAUUACAUCAUUCGCACGUUGAAGGUUACGAAACGGUCCGCCAGCUCGGGCGAGGAAACGUCUCGCGAGAUCAGCCAGUACCACUAUUUGGCGUGGAAGGAUUUCAUGGCACCGGAACACCCGCAAGGCAUAACGAAGUUUAUCAACCGAAUCAACUCCGAAUACUCGCUGCAGCGUGGUCCCAUUCUGGUGCAUUGCAGUGCGGGCGUCGGUCGCACCGGUACGUUUGUAGCGCUGGACACGCUCAUGCAACAGCUGCAGGAGGAGGGCCAGGUGUUUAUUUUCAACACAAUUUGUGAUAUGCGAUAUCAAAGAAACUUCCUCGUCCAAUCUUUGAAACAAUACAUCUUUUUGUACCGUGCACUGGCCGAGCUGGCGUACUUUGGAGACACGGAGAUCGAUCAAAAGUCGCUGGCCAGCACCAUCGAAGCGCUGAAGCAGCCGUCAUCGGAGAACGUCGAAAUAUCGCGACUUGAGCUACAGUUCCAGCGUCUAAAAGCGUUCCAAGAGGACACGCGCAAAACUACGACGAUGGGCUCGAGCGAGGAAAACAAGGCGAAAAAUCGCUCCGAAUCGUGCAUCCCGUACGACAAGAACCGCGUCAUACUAGCCCCCAUACCGGGCCGGGACAACUGCACCUACAUUAAUGCGUCCUUCAUCGAUGGGUACGAUGACGAGAACAACUUCGUCAUCACCCAGGACCCGAUGGAGGAUACCAUUUUCGACUUUUGGCGCAUGAUAUUCGAGCAACGCAUCAAAACAAUUGUCAUGUUCUCGGAGAUCGGCGACGGUCCAAACAAGUGUCCCCGGUACUGGGCCGACGAGGAGAUGAAGUACGAAAACCUGCUAGUGUCGUACAUUCAGAGCGAGAGUGGCCCUUACUACACGAAGCGCGAGUUCACCGUCACCAACUGCAAAACCAACGACACGAUCCACGUGACACAGUUCCAGUACAAUGGAUGGCCCACGGUGGAGGGCGAGGUGCCGGAGGUGACCCGCGGUAUGAUCGAGAUCGUGAACCAGGCGCAGAAGCAUAGCUCUCAGCAGCAGGACAUUUUUACGAUUGCCGUUCACUGCAGUCUCGGAACGGACAAAAGUUCUCUUUUCGUUGCCAUGUGUAUAUUAGUGAUGCAGCUGAAGACGGAGAAACGCGUCGAUAUUUGCACCGUGGUGCGAAAGCUUCGAGCACAACGUAGUUUAAUGAUACAGACAUAUGCACAAUAUGAGUUCCUGCAUAGGGCUAUUGUAAAUUUUGCUGAUCUGUAUAAAAUAUCGCUAGGCAUCGUGAACGAUUGUUGAUAGAAAGGGUAAGACCGUGUGACUCGAAGUAGUAAUUAAUAUUCGAACAAUAUUAAACAAUAUAUUACACACAAACACUACGCUCUAACCAGCAAACAAACAAAAUACAAUAUACGUAUCGUAAGUCGGGCAAUGUGAGUGUAGCGUAGCGAUACUGAAAUGAGGAUCAGUAACGGAGCUGCUGCGCCGGAGCUCGUUUUGCAUCUGCAUUCCUUUGAAAGCAAAGGUUGGCGCUAUGAGAAAAGGUGGACGGCUGGAAUGGUGCGAGGUGUAAUGGUGUAGCGUAAAGGACAGGAAGGAGAAGUAGGACAAGCAAAUCAGAGAUUGAAGGCUUAUUAUCUGAAACGGUUUAGACAAACGAGAAAGUUCCAGUAAGUUAAGUAAGCGCAGUCGGGCGAUGAGAAAGGGCGAGAAGACGUAGACCGCACAACCGAUAACACACAACACCGAAACGUAGUAGUUUAACAGCACGAAAGCGAAGGAUCAACACGAAAAAAGAAACCUAACAUAACGAAGAAAGAAGUUUUGUGACUUCUUCUUUUUUGGAACAUUUUAUGUGCAGAAUGACAAUUAGGAUUAACUCUUUUUAUAUACCGAAUACACUGAUACCACGCGAUACAAGGAACCAACCGACCGUUCUUACACAAGCUGAAGAUGAUGAUGAUGAUGGAUGUACGAUGAUGAGGUGGUGAACACACCGAACUAACCCAGGAGAACAAAACGGAGACUACUGUAAAGCGACAAGCAUGCGUUUUUGGUUUCGUUUGCCAACUAUACUCUCAGCUAUAUGAGAAAUUGCAAUUGUACCACCUCUAUUUCGACACCUCAGUCCCUAUAAGCAGCCAGCCGAAGCUGCUGUGUGUUGGGUGGGAACAGUCGAGCCAUGCUUUGCCUACACAAACGUGCUAGCCGAAUGCGCGCUCCUGCAUAUAAUUACGUGCCAUCAUCGAUAGUUUUUUUUCUUUUUCGUUGUUUCCUUUUCCAAAAGUGUCGCCUUUGCCCCGCGCAACGAUUCUCGGCGCCUUAAGCGAAGUAGCAAGCACACACAGCGCGAUCGUGUAAACUGUGUACUGGAUCGUACAAGACGAUCGGUACUGUAGCACAUUGAACAAAUAGAAGCAAAUCAGAAUCAACGUAUGUAGAGGAGAAAGGGGAAAGCGAACAACUGUGACACAUUGCGCAUCCAAACGAAGCGAACAAAUGUAGCUUUUUGCGGCUAUACAAAUCUAGUCUGAUAUGAUGAUAAAACCUAAACUAGCAACUUUCCCCCCGGUGCAUUAUUACCACCCCUGCCGCUACGACUGCCGCUGGUGCCGUGCUGUGAGGGGAAAUAUAUCUCACUAAAUCAUGUUAUCCCUCCAACCAAUGCUUCCAUCGCCAUCGCGGCAAUAGGCGCUCGCAUUUCGCAAGCAUUUCGUGCUGUGUGCGCGUAACCCUCAGUAGCACAAGGAUGGCUCAACUGUUCCCGCUCAUCGAACGAUCGUGGCGAAGAACGGCAAUGAUGAUUGUAGCGAUUUACACAGUUUUACACAGGUUUUUGUGUGUGAGGAUGUUUGUUUUUUGGUUUACAGCUAGGUCCGAUGCUUCGGUAGAUUUACAUCUCUUAGGUAUUUGUGUUUAUAUUGCGACAAUCCGUAGAAAUUCUCAGAAUCUAAUUCUCUAAUCGCCAUCGCCUCGUCUAAAGCAGACGCUUACAUUUACAACCUACCAGCACACACACAUUCAUUGAUACUAAACAAAAACCAACCCAAUUACUCAUUAAUUAUAUCGAUUAGGCGUAAAAUAAAAUGUGAAUCUAGCGAUAGGGGGGUAGCACACUAGAGAAAGGGGGGAGAAAGACGGAGGGGGAAUAAUAAUUGAACCUUUUGUUUGCACUUUAAGUUAAUUCUCACUCUCAUGCUUCUCAUUCCCUAAGUCAUCAUUACCUUGCUCUGAUAAAGAAUGUUGCUAAAAGCGGGGAGCAAAACCAUCACGAGCGAAACCAUUGGCCAUGGCACAAAUUAGAACAAUUAACCAGCCACAACACGCAACAGCAUAUAAAUAUUACCUGUAAGAGAGAUAGAUAUCAUCCCACGUAAAGACAAUUUAAGUAUCGCGCUUCCCACCAGGUCCGUUAGAGCAUCGUUAUUUUGUUUGAGUUUUGCUUUGUUCGGGGGGUGGUGCAAGGGUGAAAAAAAAACACACACAAACAUACACAACACAACACAACAAGAACUCAUACGUUUUUGGCUUCUGUGGAGCCCGCGUGUAAGUCAACCCCGGACGCCCAGAGACGCGCACAACAACCCAUUUAAAAAAAAAAGUUCAUCACACACACACACACAUGCCGAUGAGGACGCAGUGCGCCUCUGUGCCUUCCAUUCACGUGUAGAGAGGUUUUUAGCAGCCGAACCGGAUGGAUGACACACACACACACACAUUGUCUCUCAGACACACAUAGUAGAGCCGCUUUUGCGUGGGGAACAGGGUAGGAAAAGAUAGGAAGAGGAUGUAAAAGUUCAGUUUAAUGUUUGUUUGGUUGUUUUUUUUUUUUGGUGCGUUUAUUGGCAUCCUUUUACAAGGGAAACAAAACACAACAGCAAACAGAGUCAAAAAAGGAGAAAGAUAGUUCCGUAUGCUUAUUAGAGGUCGGCAGCAAUCCUCCAAAAAAUCGAUUUGCUACGUGUGCUAUAAUAGCAGUGUUUGAAUUAAGUUUCAUAAAUUAACGAUUAUCCUUAUUGAGAGCAAAAUACAAAGCAAAGCAAACACAGCAUAAUUAUCAAAACAAGCAACAAACUAACAAACAAAAGAAAUGCAAACGAAACAAAACAAAAAGGUGCGCCCAACGAGACAGUAAACAGAUACUCUAGAACUACAAAAAUACCUCUAUUUGUGUGUAAUAGUCAAUAAUGAGUAAGGCAUCCAGUGCGCCGAACAGCAAGCAGAUCAGCAACAGCAGCGGCAACAGCAGCAGAAGCAGCAAAUACCAGUAUGAUAUUUCUUUAGCGUAUUUGUGGCGUCUGUGAGUAAAGCGAAUGUGCGCGGAUGAAGCAUGCUAACGUGCAGCCAACGACAACGGGAGGAAUACUAAUAUUAAGCCACAAUAAUCGAAUCCAUCUGCAUCUGCAGGCAACACAUUGCAAGUGCAGCAACAAGCAUCAACAAACAAACAAACACGAGCAAAAUCACAUGUUAACCGAACUGGAAAUCAAAUAAACUAAAUCCCCGCCAGGCUGAACCAGGCCCAGGCCCAUUCA